CAUUCACUCAGUCUAUUCUUCUUCCUCUUCUGGACUUGGAUUCUUACACAUAUGGCUUCCUCUUCAUAUUCUAAGAUCUCCCUUCUUGCCGCCUUUUUUCUGUCUCUCUUCGUCUGCUCCACUCUUGCCCAUGAUUUUUCGAUUGUCGGCUAUUCGCCGGAGCACCUGACUUGCAUUGACAAAAUCAUACAACUGUUCGAAUCGUGGAUUUCAAAACACGACAAGAUUUACAGGAGCAUGGAAGAGAAGCUGCAUAGGUUUGAGAUAUUCAAAGAGAACUUGAAGCACAUUGAUCAGAGAAAUAAGGAGAUCACUGGCUACUGGCUUAGGUUGAACGAGUUUGCAGACUUGAGCCACGAGGAGUUCAAGAACAAGUACUUGGGAUUGAAAUCUGAGUUUCCCAGAAGAAGAGAGUCCUCUAGAGACUUCAGUUAUGGAGAUAUCGUGGAUCUGCCCAAGUCCGUGGAUUGGAGAAAGAAAGGUGCCGUUACUCCGGUCAAGAACCAAGGCUCAUGUGGAAGUUGUUGGGCAUUUUCAACCGUUGCAGCUGUGGAGGGUAUAAACCACAUAGUCACUGGAAAUUUAACCUCAUUGUCCGAGCAAGAGCUGAUUGACUGUGACAGAAGUUUCAAUAAUGGCUGCAAUGGAGGUCUUAUGGAUUAUGCAUUUGAGUUCAUUAUCUCCAGCGGUGGACUGCAUAAGGAGGAAGACUACCCAUAUCUAAUGGAGGAAGGCACUUGUGAGGAGAAGAGGGAAGAAAAGGAGCUAGUAACUAUAAGUGGUUACCAAGAUGUGCCGGAGAAUGAUGAAGAAAGUCUUUUGAAGGCACUGGCUCAACAACCUCUUAGCGUAGCUAUCGAGGCUUCUAAUAAAGACUUCCAAUUCUAUAGCGGGGGGGUAUUCGAUGGCCAUUGUGGAACUGAGCUAGAUCAUGGAGUAACAGCCGUUGGAUACGGUUCAUCAAGGGGGUCAGAUUACAUCAUUGUGAAGAAUUCAUGGGGACCAAAGUGGGGAGAGAAAGGGUACAUAAGGAUGAAGAGAAAAACUGGAAAACCUGAAGGGCUAUGCGGAAUCAACAAAUUGGCAUCAUAUCCUACCAAAAAGAAUUGAUCUACUUGUCUCAUCUAAUGUCAACCUUUUUUUUCCUUUCCCUGUUUUCCCUUUCCAAGAUUGAUGAAUCAAUAUGUAUGAGCUGAGCUUCUUA